AUGGCCAAUGACUCCCCUCGAUGUCAAUCUCUGCCCGGCUACCUCAUCGCAAUAAUGUUGCUUCUGACAGCGACAGGAAUCCAGACAAGGCGCCUCUCCCAUCGCCGUCUUAUCAUCCACGUGCCGGUCAAGGUGAAGACCCAUCAUCACACGCACACCGUCUACAAAGUACUCCACGGCUCUGGUGGAGGAGGCGGUGUGAAACAAACUGUCUACAAAGUGCUCGGCUUUUCCACACACGGCGGCGGAGGGGGCAUGACCAAGGGUACCGGAGGAGGAGGUGGCGGCCACGGGAGCUACGACAUGGGAGGAAUGGGCCACGGCGAAAUCACGUACGAGGACAUGCACGGUUGCGAAAGUGGAAAGGUGAUGCCAGCGGGAAGGGACAUGAUUUUCAAUCAUUACUCGCGACACGGCUCCGGACUGGAGUCCGAGGACUACGCCGAGGACGACGACUUCAUAGACCUUAGGGAUGGCUGGUUGUGA